UCGGCCUGGUGUUCGGCUCCUCAAACUCGCAACACAUUUAUAUUGAAACCCUAGGAACAUCUCCGCAUUCCUCCACCCCCGCCGCUGCCUUCUUCGCCUUCGACGUUUGGGGCAAGCAUGGCAGGCAUCCCAUCGGGUGAAGGCAGCGGCGAUGCGCGGAAUCGCAGCACGAUUUGGGAACGGUUUCCGCCUUACCCUGCUCAUGUUGUCAGGUUUUACCAUGAGCACAAGGACAUCCUCGGGGAGAUCUUGUCUGGCUUAAGUCAUCUUCCGACACACGAAAUGAUGGACGCCCUUGGAGAGAAAUUGAAAGAACACUCGCUGUCCAAAGUGCCUUUGGUACACUCCAGCGACGAUGAGGAGGACGAAGACGAUGAGGACGAAGGUGAUAAGGAGGACAAAGGCGAGGAGGACAGGGAGGGAGGAAGACUGAAGUUGAUGGAUGAUGAAAAGAAACCUCUUGGUGCUGAAGAACAUCAGGUCUAUAGUGAAUGUGAAAGAGAAUGCAAGAAGCCAAAGAUUGGCUGAAUGCGUUGAGUGCCAUGGACAUGGAGAAGAAGCCUGAGGCUCGAGAAAUAAAUAAUCCUCUUAGCCUGUAAUGAUUUAUGUCCAACUUAAUUAUUAUUAUGGUGCACUGGUUUCUGUUGGACUCUUAGCAUCUAUUCUAGCUUUGUUCAUAUCAGCUGCAAAACUCUACCUAAUUUGGUCCACUAUACAUUUGUAUUUGUUUGGUGAUACAAAAUCAUAUCAGAAGUUAGUUCUGAUUGUG